AUGCAUGUUUGUUUUCACCAUGAAUUUUUUUUUCAGGAAAAUCCAUCAGUGGCAGCUGAGGCUAAUCAUGUGAAGGCAAGGCGAGCACUUGAGAAAUAUCUGCACUACUAUGAACGUUUCGAGAAUCACAGCAAGUCAUUAAAGUUGGAACAGCAAUUCCGUGACAAGAUCCAACGAAAGAUUGAAGCUAAGGUUAACGAUCAUGAUGGUACAUGGAUCGAUUGGCAGUACCUUCACAAUGCUGCCAGCCUCCUUACGAAAUGCCGAUACACUCUACAAUACACUUACCCAUUUGCGUAUUUCAUGGAAAAU